AUACUCCCCACAAUCUCGUUGCGUAGAAUAAAAAUAUAUACAAAAUACUACGAAAGUGUAGAUGACAGUUCCUUACCCGAUAAUAAAAGAAUUUCAAAUAUUAGCUCUUUAAGAUUUCAUAAACGGCAGUCACUUUAGUCGUUUGAUUUAAGUUGAUAAAAAAUGGCUGUUAAUGAAGAUAGAGAGUUCGAUAUAAUUAUUUUUGGUGCUACAGGAUAUACAGGCCAGUAUGUAAUCGAAGAAUUAGCACAUACUUCUGUAUCAACCAAUACAAAGUGGGCUGUUGCUGGAAGAAACAAAGAUAAAUUGUCACAAUCCAUAGAAAUUGUGCAAGGAUACCUUGGAGAGGGUAUAAAUAUCGGCAACAUUCCGAUAAUUGAAGCAGAUGUUAAAGAUGUCUCUUCUCUGUCAAGUAUGUGCAAAAGGUGCAAGUUGGUCAUUAAUUGUGUUGGACCAUACAAAUUGUUUGGAGAACCUGUUAUACAAGCGUGCAUAGAAAAUGGAACUCAUCACGUGGAUCUUAGUGGUGAAAUGAAGUACCUAGAAGAAACACAGAUGAAGUAUUUUAAUGCUGCCCGUGAAAAAAGGAUAUAUAUUGUUGGAGCAUGUGGAUUUGAUAGUAUUCCUGCUGACUAUGGAUUGACUGUUCUAAAAGAAAAUUUUCCUGGUGAUUUAAACUCGAUUGAGUUUUACGCCUUCGUUGGUGUGGGACCAUCGGGUAAAGUUAUGAAUAUUGGAACAUUUUUAUCUGCCAUUUACUCCUUUUGGGAUCAUAUGUUUGUUAAAAGAGCAGAUAGAGCUUUGAAAGAAAGUUUGUUUCCUAAGGAUUUACCUCAGACUGAUUAUUCAUUACCAUGGAGGAAGCCACCACUAUUCCAUAGUUCCGAUGAAAGAGCCUGGGCACUUUGGUUUCUGGGACCAGAUGAGAGGGUUAUUCUGCGAAGUCAAUUAUUUAGAUAUAAUUUCUUAAAUGAAAGACCAAUUUUGAAUCACGGAUACUUGAAAUUAAAAUCAUUUUGUUCUGGCUUAGGUCUUAUGUUUGCAGCAAUGUAUCUAGCUAUUAUGACUAUUUGUGGAUGUGGACGAAGUCUCCUUGCAAAGUAUCCAUCAUUUUUCACUGCCGGUAAGUUUUCCAAUGCUGGACCAACUCGCCAACAAGUCAUGGAAGGAACUACUAGAGUAACAUUCUAUGGUCAAGGAUGGAAGGACAAGCCCUCAGAUCCAAAUGAACGACGUACCACAAAACCUGAUUUGAAAAUGAAACUCAUCAUUGAAGGAUCUGAACCUGCAUACGCUCUGACUUCGACGUGCAUUGUACAGGCCGGUUUAACCAUACUUGAAGAUCAUGACAGAAUGCCCCUAGAGGGAGGUGUCUUGACUCCUGGUGUUGCAUUUGCAAAUACUUCUCUCCGACAAAGAUUAGAAAAACGGGGAGUAACUUUUACGUUCGAAAAUACCAACGAAACUUUAACUGUAUGAAAGCUAUUGUAAAAAUGUGUUUUGUCAAUUAAUUAAAUAAAAACUGUUUUUGUACACGCUUAA